GAGAUGGAGGGAGGGGGAAAGGGAGAGACUGAGGAGGGAGGGGAAGACCUGGCUCUGGAGGAAGGCACACGCCAAGGCAGCCUCAGCACCAGCUGAGUUUCCGAAGAGGCAUUCAGAUUCUGUGAACUUUCUUCUAAGCAUCCUCUCUGAGAUUCCCCUUCGGGAUAAAAGAAGGGGCACAGGGGACCACAGGACAGGAAAACGCAGAAGAUGCUGGCCUGGGAUCCGGAGCCGUGGAAGAGAAGAGCUGGGGAGGGGAAGAGCCGGGUAGGCAAUCUGUUCCUAAGCAAGCAAGCAAGGGAGCGAGCGGGGAUUCCAGGCUGAGGGAGGGAGAGCCGCGUCUGCUGCAGAUUGAUGGCUGUGUCCUUGGAACAGAAGUGAAUUCUGCCUCCACCUGCUGAGUGCACAGCUUCCCUGAGCACAGGGUCAGCUUGAAGACAUAGACAGUGCUCUCCUAGCUGAUCCCCAACUGUACUAGUAGAACUCAUGACUUUUUCCAGCUUCAGUGGCCCAGACAAUGGGUGUGACUUGGGUCCCACCCCUCCCUGGGAAACAAAGAGCAUCCCUGGAGAUUCCAAAAGCCACUAAGGCCGAAGACCCAGAUUUUCAGGAGGCCCAUGGGGGACGACACACUUCCCAGGCUUCCUUCCUAAGUCUCCUGCCCUAGGUCUUCCUUGAACUCGUGCCCACUGGGCCACCAGGAGAAAUGGCCCCUGAGACCUUGAACGCUGGAGAUCCAGAUGUAGUCCUGACUUCUUAAUCAGUCUCAAACCUAGGACAGGGCUUAAGUUUUCUUAGAAGAAGUGCCAGGACCUUUAAAGAGCACCUUUCAUCUCCCUCACAUCCUCCCUCCCACACCUCACACACAGUGCCAAGAGGAAGCCUCCAGCAAGCAUGGGUGACAGGGGCACAAAAGAUCUGAAGGGACCCUUCCAGGCCCUGCUGGCUGCUACUCCAACCCCAUCCUGGUUUCCCCCCUUACUCGACCUUUGAUCAUCCUUUCAGACCCUGGGGGACCCUCAUCUGGGUUUCUUGCUCCCCAGACCCCAUAAAGGGACUUUCUGUGGCGCUCAAAAAGCCCUUAGGUGCUUAAAGGCUCCCUGGGAAGACUUGAACCAUGACAGCUCACCCUCAGAAGCUCCCCCUUCCAGACUCAGGCCUCUGACAUAGCUGCUCCCUGUGCACUGACUGUUGGACCCCAGGACACAGACCUCAUGGGCUCCCUACAGCACUGCAGCUGCCAGCUGCCGAAGAGGAGUGACACCUGGGCCCAGCUUCCAUGGCCUGGGCCUCCCCACCCAGCCUUGUUGCUGGUCUUUCUCCUCUUGGCAACUGGGGUGAUGCACACUGAUGCGGGUACUAGUUGCCCAGUCCUUUGUACAUGUCGUAACCAAGUAGUGGACUGCAGUAGCCAGCGGCUGUUCUCCGUACCCCCGGACCUGCCAAUGGACACUCGCAACCUCAGCCUAGCCCACAACCGCAUCGCAGCUGUGCCGCCGGGCUAUCUCACUUGCUACAUGGAGCUCCGAGUGCUGGAUUUGCGUAACAACUCCUUGAUGGAGCUGCCCCAGGGCCUCUUUCUCCAUGCCAAGCGCUUAGCCCACCUGGAUCUAAGCUACAACAACCUCAGCCACGUGCCAGCCGACAUGUUCCAGGAGGCCCAUGAACUGGUGCACAUCGACCUGAGCCACAACCCCUGGCUGCGAAGAGUUCACCCCCAGGCCUUUCAGGGCCUGGUGCAGCUCAGAGACCUGGAUCUCAGCUUUGGAGGCCUGGCUUUCCUGAGCCUCGAAGCCCUUGAGGGUCUCCCCGGGUUGGUGACCCUGCAGAUCGGGGGCAAUCCAUGGGUGUGCGGCUGCACCAUGGAGCCCUUGCUAAAGUGGCUACGGAAUCGGAUCCAGCGCUGCACAGCAGAUUCUCAGCUGGCUGAGUGUCGGGGUCCCCCUGAAGUUGAAGGUGCCCCUCUCUUCUCACUCACUGAGGAGAGCUUCAAGGCCUGCCACCUGACUCUGACCCUGGACGAUUACCUCUUCAUCGCAUUUGUGGGCUUCGUGGUCUCCAUUGCUUCUGUGGCUACCAACUUCCUCCUGGGCAUCACAGCCAACUGCUGCCACCGCUGGAGCAAGGCGAGCGAAGAGGAAGAGAUUUGACACAGGUGCCUCUCACCCCUCCAUGCUGCGACUGCCACUGCACUGACGACUGGACAUCCACCCUGGCUGCCUACUCUGGAUCAUGAUGCCCUAGCCACCCCCAUCAUAGCUCAAACAAGGUUGGGAAACUGACUUUAUGUGAGCAUCUAUUUACUUUGGGCCAGGCACUAUGCUAGGAACUGGAAUCGAAGGACAAAUCCAACGCAGGCCCUGGCCACGAGGUACUUCUAAUAAAGGAGAAGUAAACUAUCCCUUUAUAUCUAACUACCCCUUUAUAUCUAAAUGUCAGUGCUCUGAGCACAAAGUUAGGGAAACCCAGAGGAUGGUCCAUCCACUGUGUCUCACAAGCCCCAGGAGAAUUACAAGAAUGGUGUGCUGGUAAGACGGGUUAUCAAAAAGAAAACAAGGUCUGGCUAUAAGUAGACAGAGAAGAGUGGACAUAGCAGGUGACAGGGCAUAAUACACAGGGUAUGCUGAGAGCAGCGAACUAUUCCCUGCAACCUAAAUGUAUAGAGGGGAGUUGUGCAGAACCAAAACCUUCCCUCUGACACCCAGUCUGUCAGCUGUCACUGCUGACAUCAUCUGCCUACCAUUGCCUCCAGGGAGUGAGGAUGUCUCCAUGCUAGCACCUUUGGCUUCCUCUUCCUAACAACGAUUGGAUGAUGCCACUUCCAAGUGACUGUCCCCAAACUGCCCCUCAACUGCAGUCUGCUGGUGAGGUCUCAGGCAGCAGGCUGAGGGUGAUAACCCUUGCUUUAUCUGCUGCCUCUGACUCAAACCUUGUCUUCAAAUAGGAAGGCAGGAGUCCCCAAAUAGGGGCAGCAAAAGUCAUGACACCCUGGGACCCCAGUUAUGUGACUGUUCAUGCCCAUGGUGCUUACACCAAAGGAUCUCACCAGGAAAGUAUAUUGUGGACCACAGAUCCUAGCAUGACAGUACCCAGGGCAGAAGGACAAAGUCACCGAGUCAUAACCACAGGAGGGUGUUUCUUUUCUUCUAAGCAACUCACCCAUUUUGAGCAUAAGGGAGAACUGUUAAUUCCUGAAUUCCUGCUAAAGUCAGGCACUGUGAUAAGUUCUUGCCUCAACUAUUCCCUUUCACACACACAACAGCCCUUCCUGGGGAAAGUUCUUCCCAUUAUGCAGAUGAAGUCAUUCAGGCUCAGAAAGGAUACAAUCACAUGCUGUGUCAUGAUCAAAAUAAAAUCAAUAUUCUUUUUACUGCCCCACCCCAAUUGGAGAAGUCACAAUUCUUUCUAAAGCUAGGCAUUUUUAUGCCUCUGAUUCUUUUCUUUCUAUCCCCACUACUGGUAGUUUUUAUUGUUCCCACUUUACAGUUACAUAUGUUAUAGAAAGUUGGGUAAUUCAUCCAGUCAUCUAGAUAAACACUAAAAAGAAGGUGGCAGGCAAGUCCUUCAGGAAACUUGUAUCUCAUCAGUCAGAAAUCAAGUGAUUGUGUGAGAAGUACAAUUCUCAUAUUUGUUGUCACCUUCAUCUUCUGUGUCAUCUGCUUCAUCACAAUCCUCCCUGUCCUGUUCAGGAGGUGUUUUCCUAGACUUCUCAUUAGCCUGUUUGGGAAACAAACCAAACAUUAGAAAUGCUAUUUUACAGAUGGGAAAGUAGAGGCUUAAGAUUGAGUGUGAUGUCAGCCUAGGUGGCAAGGUUGAACUCAGCUCAAACAUGGUCCUUUCUCUAGCGCUUCCUGAGGCAUUUGGGGAAGAGAAUGCCCUGGAGGCCUUCACAGUGGGACCCUAGAAUUCAGCAGCAUUGAACAUGUUAAUAGCCCAGCUGUGCUCAGACUAAGCUGUGCUCAGACUGAGCUGUGUUCACUGUGAGGUAAUGUCAGUCUCGAAAACACAGAAGCUGGACAAGCACCGUCUAACGGGAGACACCUUCUUUACAAUGUAUAGAUUAAGCAUUAGAAUUGGUAGCUAUGGUGGCUGUCAUAUUUUUUAAAAAUAAGUUAUUUGGGAAGCAGGAGAAGCUUCCCAGAAGCUCUGCUGUGUUGUGCUGCAAGAAAAAUUAGGGAACUGAGAAAGUGAUAGGUGAGAAUCUUUGUGGAAGGUGAGAGGUACUCAAGGCUCAGUCCAACAUGUUCUCAAGACGAACGAGGGUGAGAAUGAAAACAAGGGCUUUCUACCUUGACCCCAGCUCCUGCAAGCUUCCAUUGUGCAUCCCCAGGUAGCCCUGAAAUGAAUGAAGAAGGAAAAUAUGUCAUCUUCCAAAUCAUUUGCACUGAUCUAGUCAAGCAAAAGAGUCCCCAGAAGCCUCUCCCUGUCCCUCUUGGCUAUCCAGUCUGGGUGAGAGCCGUGCUCCUGUAGCUGUAAAGCAGAGUUGUCUACUUUCUCUGUCCACGCCACUGUGGCCAACAAGGGCAGAUGCUAGCCAUUCUUCCUCAGCCAAGCUUCGCUUAAAGUAUUUGGAAAGGAACUUUUAGAAACAGUAUUCCUAGUGAAAAUAAUAAAAAUAAUAAUAAUAAUUCACCUUUCCAUAGAGGAACACCAUGCUCAUCUAUAAUAAUCCCCUGAGUACUACUGUUUACUGAAUUAUACUUAAUAUAUUUUAAGAUAUGUACUAUGUUUUUGCAUAGAAUUAGAACCAGACAAGACACUACAUGCCCCUUGAGACCAAAUGUCCUUUUCAGUGGGACAAUUUGAUCUCUACUAAUGGCAAAGAUUUCUAAGCAAGAUAGGUGGCUUUUAAAGAAAAUGUUUCUCUAGCUUCUAGAAGCUUGUCAGUUAACUAAAGCACAAAAAAGGGAGGCAUUCAACCUCCAGACCAACAUGGCAUUCCACCUCCAACUUCUUCAUACUGUCAGAACUAAGUGUCUAGAAAUAUCCUAAUAAUCCUCACUGCAAUUGUUUGAACAUCCUGGCGACCACAAACCUGUUAUGGUGUUCUUAUAAGGUUUCAUUCCGUUUGUUCCACACUAUGUAUGUGUGCACGAUGGGGCUCCUCUAUGUCCAUAUGUCUGUCUGUGUGGUUCCACUUACAUUGGUUAUCUGCUGACUUGGAGAAUGUUGCUCCUCAUUUGGGUUCAAUUCUCUGACAAAGUCUACUCAGUUAUCUGACUGUUAUAUCAUUUGAUACACCAAGAUGGAACCCCACCAGGUGUCUGGCUGCUCAGAACAUAGGAAAAGAGACAACUCUACAUUGACACACUCUAAUGAGAACUUGGCUUCUUCGCGCUUCACUCCAUCCCCUUGAGACACGCCCCCACACAGGAGUUUCAGCCGUUCUUGACCUGAAUAUAUCAAGAUUUAACUAACCAGCAAGAUUAUAAUGGGCAAAGUCUGUCCAAGAAAAUUGUUCUUUAGAAAAGACCCCACAUUGUCAUCACACCGUUCUGGAUAACAUGCGCUGAUCAUCCUCAAACACCCACCUCUUUUUCCAUUCUUACCAUGACUCCCAUGAAAAGUCAAAGAAAUGGGUCACUCAGAGAUAUUGUUGGGUUUCAUGGCCCCUUUCAAAGGGUUGUAAAGGAUUUGAAAAGACCAGGGAAGGUAUUCCACUUAACCACUGAGGAAGAUCAAUAGCCCCAUUUUCUCCAUAAACAUAUUAGCUGUCAUUUUUUCUAGUGGUGUAAGAGCAUAAGGAGAUGUCUUUGUUCAUUCCUCAGAAGGACACUUCCCCAAAGCUAGCAAAAGGCGUCUGCUUUUCUCUACUCCAGAAGGAGGUAAAAGGAAAGGAGGCAAGUUGCAAGGUCCUUUGUAAACCCCCAUGUCUGUCACAACACCAGCUGGAAAGCUGGACCCCACAAAACUCUCUUUUCCUACGCCCUGUCCUGCAGAAUGCUGUUGUCUGGUGCUGGGAGGGUUAGGGAGGAGUAGGGAUUCAAGGGAAGAUGUCAACCUUUGUAUGGAGAUUAUUUUAUA